UGUUGCAAGCGGCACUUCGGUUGGUCAUUCUCACUGCCAUGUUUUGUCUAUGUUCAAGUAUAACGAAUAAGAUGAUUGGUCCAGGAGUCUUCAAAUUCCAGUCAUUUGAACACUGUGACCCACCAGUAACAGAAGUAGAUUUGUGGUUAACACAGAGAAAAUUUAACCGGACCACUAAUGUUAUAGAUAUGACAUUGUCUACACCGUGGCCACUCAGUGAUGAGAUCAUAAUGGAGGUAGAUACUUCGAGCAAGAAGGACGGUGGCUACAAACCCGGCUCCUUCUACAUGAAAGGUCCUUUCUGCAAAACAUUACAGUCACUCAUCGGAGACUUGUUCGAUGCGAUCGUGAAUGCUACAGGGUUUGAGGAGUGUCCCAUACCAGGUGAUAUAAAAUUGGAUGGUUUCUACGUCGACAGCGAGAAACUAAACGACCAAAUGCUGUACGGGGACUAUAGAGCGCAACUGUCGUUUUUUAUCGACGGUGAAACGAAAGGAUGUUAUAUAUUUUACAUGCAAUUGAUGGCUAAAGAAGAAGAAUAACCUUUUCAAUAAAAUAAUGUUCUAA